AUGCUGUCCCUUCUUUUGACUAGCACUCUUCUUUUGGCGCAGAAGGCCUUCGCACAGUCUUGCGUUUCAGAGCCCAAGCCAUGGGGUUUCUUUACCAACAAUACCAUUUACCAGACUACCGGAGUCGAGGGGAUCACCUACCCUCGCUUCGUCGAGUUGGAUGAUGGCACUAUCCUCGCCACCGGCUCGCUCUUAGGCCACACUCCUGGCUACUUCCCAAUCCUCGAGAGUACUGAUGGCGGUGCAAGCUGGGAGUACAUCUCGGACCUUCGCGACCAAGUCAAUGGUGCUGGCAUGAGUGCGCAGCCUGCUCUUGCGAAGCUCACGAAACCCAUGGCCGGCUAUCCAGCUGGCACCAUCCUGGCGAGUGGCAAUAGCUGGCUCAACAAUGCUACGAGAAUCGACUUGUAUGCCAGUACAGACAAGGCUAGGACUUGGGAGUUUGUAAGCCACAUCGCUGAGGGUGGAAAAGCCAACACCACCAACGGCGAAACACCCAUCUGGGAGCCGUAUCUCUUGCAAUACGAGGGCGAACUCAUUGCCUACUACUCCGAUCAGCGCGACCCCAAGCAUGGUCAAAAACUCGCCCAUCAGACAUCCACAGAUCUCAAGACCUGGGGACCUGUCGUCAAUGAUGUCACCUACGACCAAUACAUGGCUCGUCCCGGCAUGACCGUCGUCGCCUAUAUCCCACCCCUCAAGAAGUGGAUUCUCGUCCACGAGCUACCCGUUGGAAACUCUUCGUCCUACGGCUCUAACUAUCCUGUGUACUAUGUUAUGGCCGACAAGCCUACGGAAUUUGGAAAUGAAAAGGGGCGCCCGAUCGUCAUCAACAAUUCCACUGUACCCAAUGCUUCGCCGUAUGUCGUCUGGUCGCCCAUCGGCGGACCAAACGGUACCAUCAUCGUCUCAGAUGCCGACCGCCCACAGGUAUACACCAACCGCUGGGGCGGUGCGGAAGACAAGUGGGAAGAGCAUGGAACACCAGCCGGUUCUGUGUACUCGCGCGCAAUCCAAAUCUUCGAGAAGUACCCGAACAAGCUGAUGAUCUAUGGAGGCGAGACGUACGACAAUCUGCGCUCUGCACUGCACACGCCUUUGAGCGCGACGGUGGUCAGUCUGGAGCAAACUCUACGGACGAGCGUGAAUGGGACCAUUGGUGGAGCUGUGGAGGAGCCCUUCCCGGGAGUCCCUGUUGUUUUGAGUAAUCCGUCUUAG